GAACAUUCAGCGUUCCAGCAUUUCUCCGUCGAAGGCUAUUAUAGGCACCCACGUUCUUCUUAACCAAGGUUUAAGCGUUGUCAAUAUACAGUUUUGAGAAGUGUAUCGUAUAGCCAAUACCAACAAUCAAGUUUUAGGACUCGUACUUUUUCGACUUUACAAUUACAAGAGCCGAUAUCAAAACCACAAUGCCUCCCAAAGGUGCUGCUGCGAAAGGCGAGAAGAAGGCGGUCAAGUCCAAAUCAAUGGCAGUCGGUCGUACUGGGGAUAAGAAGAGAAGACGAAGGCGUCUAGAAUCCUACAACAUCUACAUCUAUAAAGUCCUCAAACAAGUUCAUCCAGACACGGGAAUAUCAAGCAAGGCGAUGUCUAUCAUGAAUAGCUUUGUCAAUGAUAUAUUUGAACGGAUCGCAUCAGAGGCGUCAAGAUUGGCACAGUACAACAAGAAGAGCACUAUAAGUAGCCGAGAGGUUCAGACCGCAGUCCGUCUUCUCCUGCCCGGUGAGCUGGCUAAACACGCCGUGUCGGAGGGCACAAAGGCCGUUACCAAAUACACCACUUCGCGGUAGAGACGCGGUCAUUUUGAACAUUCGCGGUAAACACCGCAGCCUGAAACGCGGUUAACUGGUUGAAGGCGUUUUGAAAGUACCGCAUUAUUAUCCGGGCUGCUAAUAUUACGGUUGCUGUUCAUCAUAUGUGCGUUCGACGAUCGGUUUUUGACAAAUUUGAUGUGACAAGUCAAGAAACAGAACUACAUGAUCUAGCAGUUUAAAAUGACUCCACAUGGUGCUAUGUCAGGAGCAUGACCGUCAAGCGUUUGUAAACAUCUUUUGAAUGGUUCGAUGUGCGAUUCAUUUGUAUAACUCGUUAAAUGAUUCGUAAUUACCACCAAGAAGUAAAUUAACCCAAUUCCUUUAAGAUUUAUCUUGGUUUUAAGACUGUAAUUUAUAAAAGAAACGGAAUUGAACCAAUAACAUGCCAUACUUUGUGCUUUUUUUAAUGAGACUCAAGUUUGCUUGAAAUUAGAAACCCUUAAUUCAUUGGACAUACAAGUGCAGAUAUAGUGAACAGUGAAAAAGUAAGAAAGUAAUCGCGGAAUAGGGUAUGUUUUCGAGAAAACUGCUUCUAUUUAUUCAUAUGCCAAAACUGUAUCGCUAUUCGAUCAUCUACAGGGACUUUUAGAUUUGCACGACGAGAACGUGGACUGCGACGUGUGACAUCCUUUUAAAGCAAUGUGACGUCCUUUUAAGGCUCUGACAGUGCCUUAAAAGGGUGUCACACGAGCAGUCCACGUUCUCGUCGUGCAAAUCUAAAAGUCCCUAAUAUCCAGAUGAAAAGAGCCAAGGUAUUUUUUGGAAGUUGAUACUAUUUGUGAUGAGCAUGCAGAUGCCCGUCCGAUAUAAGCAGUUCUGAAUGAAUAAUAACUUCUCUUCAUUAAGCGUACAAGUAGACUUUUUAAUGUAUUUUCAACUCAUGAUUUAUGUACAAGCCUCAU